CGAUCAUGUGUGAACGACAGACACCGGUUCGGCGAGUUGAAUUUGUUUCUUUAAUAAAAAAAAUUUAUUAAGUACUUAAUUUUUUUCCGAUUAUUCGCAUUUUAUUUAAAAACUAGUUGUUAAUAGCAGUAACGGUGUUCGUUUUCGUCGGUAUCCGUUGCUCGCUAUUUUACUGUUAUACGCCGGCCAUUCCCGCCGAGAUCGGCGUUCGAAUAAUGCCCGACGUACCGCGAUCCAGCGCCCGUCAGCAGCGAGCAGCUACAACCGCACGUCAACCGAGUCCGGUCACUAUCGUAUGUGUUUCGCGUCCAGCUAUGGCCAAAGAGGCCAUCUAUUGGAUUUGGAAAAAACUCUGGUGGGCUUGGUAUUUGGCCAUCACCAUGAUGGUGUGUUACUCCAGGGAAUAUAUACGAAAGAAAGGCGUCUGGGAUGCGGGUAAGUGAUGAUUAGAUUGUACAAUAUUGUUAGUAUUGGCUACAUUAGUAAAAAGGUACAAAUAUAAAUCCUUAUUUCCUGUUACUUUAUAUAGAUAGGUACUUAUUCGCAUAGACGUGUGCAAGGGGGAGGCAGGAGAGACAUCUGUUUCCUGCGAGAAUACCAGUGUUUUUAAAAAAAUAUGUUAGAUAUGAAUUUGUUUUAAAUAUAAAUUCCAACAUCCCCUUGAUUUUGUAAAAUGUAAGUGAAGGGCCUAUAGAGUUAAACCUCCCCCCCAAAAAAAUUUGAUUUAAUUGAUUGUCGCCUCCUUUGCUUAGAUAACUUGUGCAUGCUUAUAUAUGUCUAUUCUGUACUUCUUUUGUGUUUUCACAAGCUAUGUGAAAAUAUAGUAUAGUAAAAUAGUAUAUACGAGUUUUUUAAAUUUGGUUUCCAUAAUCAACUUCUAUUUUUAUCUGUGUUAGAAACCUGCCUAAUUUAUUGAAAAUAUGCAGAUUAUAUAAUUUAUCUUGCCUGUCAAAUAUUUGUAAUCAAAGUUAAAAAAGCUACAACAUUUUUUGAAGUAGGUAGGUAUAUGACCAUUUAAAAGCCAAAGUAUAUUAAGUUAAAAUUGUUUUCUUCCAAUUACUAGGUAAGUAUUUAGAAAAUUAAUAUUGGAAAAAUUGUGUAGAAGAGACUAAAAAUUGAGUAACCUAUUCCUAGUUUAUUUUAUUAAGUAUUACUUAUUUUAUAUUAUAUAAUCAACUUUCUUAGUAUUGUUUUUACCUUUGUUUUUACCAGCAUAAAUGCUUUCAAUAAUCUGAUUUUUAAACUGAAAUUAUGGUCGAUAACUGACCACGAUUAGUUUGUUAUCUUAUAAACUCUGUUUAAUAAUCAACAGUGAGAACAGGUCUUAGAGUACAGUUAACUGCCAACUUUGUGACAUAAAGUGUGUCGCAAUUCAUUUCCACUUUAUAAUAAAUUGUACAUUGUUCAUAGUACACAUAUAUUUGGUUUUUACAUACCUAACAUAAAUUGGAGGUAGGAAUGAAAUAAAAAAGAGCUGAUACUGCUGAUGAAUGUUGGACUGUUGUAAGUAGGAAAUUAGGAUACUAUAGAGUUUUCUAGAGAUUAAUUAGUUUUAUAUCUGUAUAAUAUGACCAAUUAUAACUAAUGAAAAACGAUUCUAAGUGAAGUUCAGUUAAAUAAGUUUUAAAAUUCUUGAAUUUUAUGAUUUAAAAUUUGAAACCUUAAAUCCUAAUCAUACAAAUUGGUACUUGUCUAGUAUAAAAGCCACUGAAAAAUGUUACUCUAAUAUGAUACCCACUACAUAAUAUGUUCCUAUACCAAUAUGCGAUUAGUCUAAUAUGAUAUAGUUACCUACUAACCUACCUAAACAUUAUACAAUACUUACAUUUUUGCUGUAGGUUUAUAUUGCGUAAAAACGAUUCAAAUGUAUUAGUUUGAUUAAUAAAUUGCCACUAUUCUUAUUUUUAAAUAGCUCAUGGUAAUGUUUUCCAUUUUAAAUAGGAAUGAACUUUUGACAAAUUAAAAUAAAAAUAAUCCACAAAGUAUUAAAAAAAGGAUUACCUGUACAUAUUUUGUAUUCUCAGAUAAUUUUAACAAUAUUUCACAAUUAUUAGUUUUUCUGAAGGUAAUAAAUCAGAUAAGAUACAAAGAUAUAUGAUUUCUCCUUUAUAGGUAACUAUGUGUAGGUAUCACUAUCCGAGUAGGUUUCAUAUUAAGCCGGUCCCACAUGACCGGUGUACUUGACCAACAUAAGUCACUGGUCAAAAAAUACUGAUAUACUUUACAUGGUCUGUGAGCCACUGUUUUAGGUGAAAUGUUAAGAAGAUAGGAUAUAGAGGUUAUACACGUGUUGAAAGGUUGUCAUAUUUACUAUUUUCAUUAAAAUUAUAUAUUUAUAUGAAUGCUAAUUAAUUAGCUAUUGUUGGUGUUUUCUUAAUUAAUAUAUUUUUUUUUUUUGUUAAAACUUUAUAAUUGUAAUAUUAAUUCUUAGCGACUCUUACUUUUUAGCACAAGCAUACAAUUUUUAGAAGUGACUCAGUAUAAUUUAUGUUCAAUAGCAAUUUAAUUUAAUUUGUCUUUUUUUAUUUACUUAAAUUUGUAUACGAGUGUACAUUCCACAAAGAAAAAUGUAUUGGUUUUACAAUGGUGUUUAUGUAUAUUAUUUUUCUUAUAUCUACAAUUUUCUACCGAAAUUUUUAAAUGUAGUGCCUUCUUAGAAAAUGAAUUUUAUCUACUUUGGUACUUUAGGAAUAAUAAUUAACUUAUUGUUAUGUUUUUAUUCAAAAUUGUAUUAAUACAUUUAUUAUUUUUGUUUUUUACAGUUGCAGAUUUUAUGGAAACCUUGACUCCAAAAUUCUACAUUGCUUUGACAGCAACUUCUUCAUUCAUAUCAUUUUUAAUAAUGGUAUAUUUAUAUCACUUAUUACCUUUAUAUUUAAAUGUAAACUAUAUUAUCACUCUAAUAUAAUAGUCAAGUUAUGUUGGCUUUAAUAUUACCUUUAUUAAAAAUGAAAUUAGAGAAAGAAAUUAAAGUCUCAACACAAAUCAAAACAAUUUAAAGAAUUAAAUAUUUUUAAAGGUAGUCAUUUACUUGUUUUCUAAAAUAUUUUAAUAAAAAAAGUUGUAUAGAUUUUUUUUUAAAAAAAAAAGGGAAAACCAACAUGACUAACUUUUUUGUUUAUACAUAUUUUGUUAUUAAUAAUAGUUCAGAAAAUCAAUGGUAUUCUACAUUUUAUUUUCUUUAUUAAGUUUUUAUAUCAGAGUUAAAAUGUGUAUUUCAACCUAAAUGCUUCAGAUCGUUUUCUAAGUAAGCCUGAAAACCAGUUUUCGGAAAUUGUUUUACCAUUUCUUAAAACUUUAAUCAAAACUGGAACCUAACAAAAAACUGUUCUCAAAACCAAAAUUGUUAAUUUAACUGAUAUUUCUUCGUAUUAUAACAUAAAUAACAAUGAAAACUAUUUUAUUAUAUUAAUUUUAUUUCUCUAAUAUAUUAUCAUACCAGCAAUUGCUAUCAUUAUAAUUUUUAUCAUUCCCCAUACCCAAAGUUAGAUUAGAUUUUUAUAAUUUUUUACAAGUAAAAUUAUUUGUGUGAAAAAGUUAUUUUUAAUUAAUUGAGAGUUUAAAUUUUAGACUAAACCCUAAAUAGCGAUUCAAGUAUACCUUAUAAUAAGUAUUAAUUGAUAAAAAAUAAAAAUCUGGUCUAUAGUGACAUAACUAGUACUGUAACUAUGCAUUUAAAAAAAAAAUUAACCUAAAACUGACCAAUUUUGUUCAAAAACCGGUUUAUAAAAUCAAAACCAAAACAUUUAAAAAACUGGUUUCAAAACCAAAAAAAAUUUAAAAACCAAUAAAAUUGUUAUGUAUUAAUAUUUUACUUAUGUUACACUAAAAUAGUAAAUGGGUAUAGUAUAGCCUUCACUUUUUUCUUUGUUACUUAUAAGAAGUAACUAUAGAACAUUUUUUUAAAUUGUUCUUCCGAAUUCAAAUGUUUCUUGGUUUUUACUAAACAUUAUACAAUUUUUUUGAUAUUUGAUACACUUUUUACACAACAAAUACAAAUACUAGUUACAUUUUUACACUUUCAAUUAAAGCUUUUUUGUUACAAAUUACAAAUUACUUAUGCAAUUUUUAAUCAUAAACUAUUGUUUUAGGUAUCCGAAUGGAUGUAUUUUCAAAAAUAUGGUGUAUCUUUUAUUGAACAAUUUUCACUUAACUACAUAAGUCCUUGGAUUGGUGGAGGUAACGAUAAUAAUCAACAAGUACCAGGUAUUUAUAUACACCUCCUGUAUUUUAUUAGAAAUUUGAAUACCAAUGUGGUUUUUAUGGUCUCUAUCUAUUUAGCUAACUCCACAUAACCAAAGUGCUCUUCAUAUUUUUAACCUAGAUAUCUACUGUUACUGCCUGGCAUUUUAAUUGUGGUAGUGGGAAAAAGCUUAAACCACUUAAUAAUAAUAUAUAAUUAAAAAAUAAAGCAAUAAAUUUGUUUAGAAUGCAAAGUUUGGCGAAAUCCAUUAGGACUUUUUCGUGGUGCAGAGUAUGCAAGAUAUUAUAAUGUAACCAAAAGAGAUCCUUUGACAUUUUAUGAUAUGAACUUAUCUGCUCAAGACCAUCAGGCAUUUUUUAUCUGUGAUGCAGACAGUGGAAAACCGGAUUAUGAAAGUACAAAAUUAUUAUAUAAAUAUAUUUGUAGAAUAUAUCUAUCAAUUAGGUUAUUUAUUUAUUAAGUUAAGUAAAAUGAUAAGAUUUGAUUUUGUUUAAGUAAUGCAAGCUGCUUGGAGAGAAAGGGUACCAGCUGCAAGAGUGAAAGCAGCUCAUUUGGCUCUAGAAAAGAAUUCAGAAUGUGUCACAGCUCUUAUAAUGUUAGCUGAAGAAGAAGCUCCAACUAUGGUAAAAGUUGAAAAAAUUUUGCGAAAAGCAUUAAAGAUAGCUGAAGCUAACUACAAAAAAACACAAAAAUCACAUCAUGUAGAUGCCAAUGCUGAAAUGAAACACAGUAAUUUAUAUGAUUAUAUAUUUAUAUUUCUUAUAUCUAUAUCAAAAUUAUAAUUAAAUACAUUAAUGUUACUAAAAAAAGAGUUGAUAGGUGCCACUGUUAUAGGUGGAUAGUUGUGAAGGUGGGAUACAUGAAAUUAUUUAAUUUAUAUCUAUAACUAACAAUAAACAAUUCCUAAUGAAAAAAGGCCAUAAUAUUACAUUGAACUCAAUCUUUUGUAAUUAUUUUGGUAAUUUUUGCUGUUAUUUUUAAAUAAUUUUUGGUUUACUCAAUUAUUAAAAAAAAUUACAAAUAAAUCAAAAAACAAAUUAAUUAUUCAUGAAUUAGAUUGAAAAUUAAACAAACAAUAUCUCUUGAUGUGGUUUUAUUAAAAAAGUUGUUAUGAUAAAAACAUAAGCAAAUUUAAAAUAAAGAAAUCUUUGUGCCGUAAAUUGAGAAAAAAUUGUAUAUUUCAUAAGUUUUAGUUUUCCUAAUUAUAAGGAAGCCCACUUUAAAUAUUUAAAAACUACUUAAUGUAUUCAUAUAAAUUCAGUAUAUAAUCAGUAAAUAUAAUAUGAACAAAAUUGAUCUCUUGUCAUUUUUCAAAUGGCGUAAUAUUUCUAUUAGUAAACAUAUGUUGAUCAUAAUAAAUCAAUGAAAAUAGUAGUUAGAGAAUACAAAUUUUGUAAAAGAUGUUAUUCUAAAAAUUUUAAUGUACGAGGGUUGUCCCAAAAGUAAUGCACAAUUUGCUUUGAAUAAAUAAGUUUUUAUUUUAAACUAAAUACAAUAUUAUAGACCUUCGAUAUAAUCUCCCUGCUUGNCUUCGGCUCACUUCUUCAUUUAGUAUAUCUAAGUUGGGAAAACGGAUCCCUCUAAGUGGUUUCUUCAGUUUUGGAAAUAAAUCAAAAUCCGGCGAAUACGGUGGGUGUUUGAGGCAUUCCCAUCCAUAUUUCUCCAAAAGAGCGACGACUGGUGCUUCGAUAUGCGGCCGCGCAUUAUCGUGCAAUAUGGACACCAUUUUGUAACAACUGGUCGCUUUUUACGGAUUUCUGGUCGCAAUUUUUUGGCAAGGAAUGUUUUGUAGUAAUCCCCGGUUACACUACUGCGUUAUUUGUCGGUCUUCAUCGAGUAGAGUUGCGAGAAUAGCCGCGUUAGUGUUGUCUUGAGUCUAGAGGGUCGGCCAGAGCGAGGGAUGUUAUCAGUACUUAUACGACCAUCACGGAAUCGCUGAUGCCAUCUUUGCACCGUACUACAAUCUACAGUAUCCGUUUCACACACUUCAUUUAACGCGGCAUGAAUUUCAGAUUUUAAUGUAUGCGCGUUGCUCAAAAACAUAAAUGUGAGCCGACGAAUUGUUCUCACUUUCGUUAUCGUUCUCACACAUCAUCAUACUUUACUAAAACAACUAAAACUGAAAACGCACGUGUUCGUUAGACUUCAAGCUACAAACUGAUACUAAAAUCAGCUGAUAAUAUCACAUUGCAAGACAGCUAGAGCGCGCUGUGCAUUACUUUUGGGACAACCCUCGUACCAUUUAUUUAUAUUUGAUCAAUAGUUUCUUAGUAAUAAUAGUUUUAAUUUCUAGUAAAUUGGUAUAAAAACAAUUAAUUUUUAAUUGAAAACACAUUAUAUGUAGAGAAUACAAUCCAGAAAUCCUUUCAUAAUUCAAGAUUUUGAGAUCUUUUAGAGCUAAUCUCGGGUUUACAUAAAAAAAGAUCAUAAAAAGAAACAUACAUUUUAAAAAUUAUUAUAAUAUAUACAGGCUGUCCCAUGAAUAUAUACCCUUUCAGUAUUUCUGGAGAUAAUAAAGUUGAUCAAAUUCUGUUCUUUUUGUAUUACUCACAGAGAUGAGGACUACAAAAAAUUAUAUUUGAAAUAAUUUUUUUAUUAUUAUUUUUUCGGAAAAUUUUAAGAUAAAAUAAUGGUCUGUAAAGAUUAUUUUUCUAAACAUUUUAUAGUAUCACAUAUUUAUAUCUGAUGAAUAGUUUCUAAGUACCACCUUAGUAACAUCUAGGGAAUACUGAACCAUGUUAUGUGAUAACAUCAGUUUUCACAGGGAUUAGUAGAAUUUAAAAUGGCUGUUACUUAAAAACUAUUAAUAAAUGUGUGAUACAUUUAUAAAUGUGUAAAUGUGAAUAAAUGUGUAAAUGUGUGAUACAUUAAAAUUUUCAGAGUAAUAAUCUUUAUUACAUAAUGGUUAUUUUAAAAUUUUUCAAAAUAAUAAUAAAAAAAAAAAAUUAAAAUACAAAUAUUUUUUAGUCCUCUUCCCGGUUAGUAGUAUAAAAAAAACAGAAUUUGAUAUCUUUGUUAUCUUUGGAGAUACUCCUGGGUUAGCCAGUAUUUAUAUAUUUUGUUUUUAACUAAAAUGUUAACAAUUUAAUAUUAUUUAUUACAGGGAAAAAAAUAUUUUAUUCAAAAGAAAUAUUUUAAUAUUAAGAUCUGAGAAAUAUUGUACCACCUAAUGUUUCAUCUCUGAAUCUACUUCUUAUUUUAUUUCCCAUGUAUGUAGCUGCUGAAAACGUUCAGGUUCUAUGCUAGUGGGAGAAAUAUUUAAGAUAUUUAGAUAUUUAAACUCUAAUUCUAACUGAGUUCCUCUAUUCUCAUACAGGUUUAUAUCUUGGAUAAUUUUAUUAGGUAUUUAGGUAUAUAAUAUCAAUCAUAGAUCAUUAUAAACUUAUAGAUAACAAAUAUACCCAAAUGCUCUACAAUUUUUUAAUAAUAUUAUAGAUAAACUCACAAAAUAUUUUAUGUUAUAUAUAAUAUAUUUAUUAUUUUUAUUAAAUACAAAAUCCCAGGGUUGUAGUAUUUGCAGGUUUACCUAUAAUUUCCUUUCAGGUUUAUCCCAAUUACUUCAAAAAAAUGACUUCAGUGGACAAACUAGAGAAUAUUGCAUUUCAAAAAAGUUGCUACACUCUAUGGUCUAUACAUUAAAGCAAGUUUUUGGGGAUAAAAGAUGUUUAAAAAAAAAAAAAAUGUAUAUAUAUAUAUAAAAACACAUAUAAUAAAAUCAAUAGAUCCCUGGCUACACAUUCUGAAUCAAAAAAAAUGUGUUUCAAAUUAUUUAAAAAAUGUUAUUAUUUGUUUCAGGACGUGAUUUAAAUGUAUUAAUAUAUAUUCGAAGACGUAUAGCUAUGUGUUGUAGAAAAUUAAGGAAGUUAAAAGAGGCCAUUAAAAUGUUUAGAGAUGUAAGUUGAAUAUUGGACAUUCAAUCAUUACCAAGUUAUAUUACCAAUAUUACAUAACCCAAUUAUAUUUAAGUUUUUUUUUAAAUCUCAAUUGUUCAGUAUUAAAUUUAAGUAUGACUGAUGGCUAGGUAUCUACUCUCACGCUCAUCAUGCUCACUGGGUUUUACCAUCAGAUUAUAUUGCCAGACCAUAUUAUUGUCUUAAUUAAUGAUAGAACUCUCAAUAUCGCGAGUUUUUCCCAUCUCAACAAUAUUUUUAUCUAAUAUUCAUAUUAUGUACAGAAACUUUUGUUAUUAUUUUUCUACAUUUAUUUAUAAAUAUAAUUGUAAAUAAUAAAAUAAUUAAUAUAUAUGCUUUGUUUUUCUAAAAACAUAAUUUUCAUGUGUUUCCUAAUAAAUUGUCGUAAAAAAAUAUACAGUUAUUCAACUUUUUAAUUAUCAUUAUGUGUAAUGGAAAAAAUAUAACAUCAGUGUACAGAGACUUUUUUGACCCACUGUAUAUAUUCAACUUCUGAUUUUUGGGAUUUUUAAGUGUAGUUAAAGCCGAUAUUUUCGAAUACUUGGACUUUUCACAAUAUUUAAGGAGUAUCCUUUGGUGAUACUAACUUUUGUUUUUAACUAAUACUCCAUCUAUUUAUGGACUUUUUAAUAACGUGUUGAUGCCCGUAUACAGGCACAUAUCCAGAAUUUUAUUUCAGGGAGGACUGACUAAAAUGUANUCUCUUGCAACCCAAAUUUAAAAGUGGAAUAUCUCGUUGACGGAUUGAAAGAAAUCAAAAAUUUGAACACAAAAAUUUAUUUUAACUAUUAUUACUCCAUCUAUUUAUGGAAUUUUUAAUAUAGGUUGUUAUUUGAAAAUUAAAAAUAAGUAGUGAUUUUACUCUUAAAAAUAAGAGUUACAAAAAAUAACAUAAAUAUAAAAUUCCAGAGCCGCUUGUUUCUUAAAUGGAUCACCUGCUAGUUUAAAACAUGAUUCCCUAUUUGUAUUUCGUGUACCUAUGUAUUGCUAUAUUGUAUGUGUACUUUGUUAAUAAUUAGAAUUUAAAGGAUUCAUAUUAAUAAUGGUAGAAAUAAUGGCAGCAAUUUAUUAUUAUUUAUUAAUUGUUUGUUUUAGUCAAUUAGGAAUUUUCUCUUUAUCAUAAUGUUCUGUUACUUGAAUACUAGAUGAAUAAGAAAAUAAAGAGACUAAACUUUGUUCACUGGACUAACAUUUCAUCUAUAUCUUGUUAAUCUAUUAGUAUAGUAUUAAGAAAUUAAGUUUUUUCAGUUACUUAAAAAAAAAAAUACAUAUGUUAGGUCACAAUUAAAACUGAAAAUAAUGUGGUUAAUUAAAUUAAUUAGACAAAUUGAACAAUAAUAUAUAUUCUAUUGAUGGCAGUUUAUUCUCCUUUUUCUUUAUUUAUUAUAUGAGUAAAUUGUACACAAAUAAUGAAAAGUUUGUUUAUGUUUGUGUAUAGUAUAAAUACUAGAUAUGUAUUUGUAUAUGUAUAUUUAAAUAUAAUUUAUAAAAAUAUUUGUUAUUAACAGUUAAGCAAGGAAAUGCCUCCAAUUAUGAACAUACUUAAUGUUCAUGAAAACUUAAUAGAAGUACUAUUAGAAACGCAGUCAUAUGCCGAUGUUCAAUCAGUAUUAGCGAAGUAUGAUGAUAUAAACCUACCUAAAUCGGCUGUCAUCUGUUAUACUUCAGCAUUGUUAAAAAUCCGUGUUAUUGCUGACAAGUAAAUUUAUUAUUGAUAAAAAUAUUUUAAUAUUGUUACUUUGUUUCAAAAGUUUCAAGCUUGUUUAUAUUGUAUGUAUGCUAUAAUUUGUUAUUGCUGUAUUUCUAUAGGCAUACUUUAGCUCUUUUGAAUAACUAAAUAUUUGAUUUAAAUUAAAUUAGUGGAUAAUAAAUAAUGUAUAAAAUAAUGGGAGCAAACAAAAUGCGUUUUGCUAUUUAACCUUAUAAGAGUUAUAUAUAAUACAUUCUAUACACUUUAUAUUUGUCUAGAAAAUCACAUCAGUUUAAAUCAAAUUUUAAUAAAUAAAUAAAAUAAAAUGUUAUUUAUUUUUAUAAUAUAUUGUUUUUAGGUUUUUUUUUUUUGUGUAAGCUAAAUUAUAUGUUACAUUUUUUAUGUAACAAUACAAUUUAUACUUAAAGUGAAGCAAAAGUUACUCUGGAAUUAAUACUAUUCUCUUUUCAAAUCAAAAACUUAAAGGUAUUUUUAGAAUAUAAACUAUUAGUUAAUGAUUAUUGCACAUGACAUUGCAAUUUCAAUGAAAGUUUAAUAAAACUCAAUGGUUUAAAAAAAAACAAAUAAACUGAUAAACUACCAUUUUGUUUCCUUUUUUAAUGUAGUAAUUUUCACUAAAACGUUAUAUACAUUAUACAUAUUAUAAAUGUAUAUCAAGAAAAAUAAGUGUAAUUAUAAAAUGAAAAAUUAAUGCAUGGACAUUUUAGUUUUGAGUAUUAAUAAAUUAAUAAAAUUAUUAAAAUAAUAAAUAUAUUUAUUAAUAAUAUACUUAAUGUAUAAAUUUAAUUAAUUACAGAUAUAAUGCUGGAAAUGCAUCAAAAAGAGGGUUUAAUCAGGCUGAAGAAAUUGCUAUCGAAGCUAUUCACCGGGCAGUGGAAUUUAAUCCUCAUGUUCCAAAAGUAUGUUUUAAAACUCUCUGAUUAUAUACUUCAUAAAAUUUAAUAAAUCUUUUUUUUUUUUUAAUUAUUGAUAUUGUAAAUUAUAAUCAAAGUUUAGUUGAUAAUAUCAAUCAAACAAAUCAUAUUACAUCUUACAAUAGUUUAUUGUAAUUUUAAUUAUUAUAGUGUAUUGUAUAGUGUAGAUAUAAAUUUGACAACAUUCGACAUUUUAAAAAUAUUAAUGUAAAAACACAUUAAGACAAAAUUAUUUUAUGACUUAUUGUUACUCUGUUAUUUUUAGUAUUUAUUGGAAAUGAAAUCUUACAUUUUGCCCCCUGAACAUAUAUUGAAAAGAGGAGAUUCAGAAGCUGUAGCAUAUGCAUUUUUUCAUUUAGCCCACUGGAAACGGAUAAAAGGAGCAUUGUCAGUACUCAAUGUGAUGUGGGAAAGUGCAUUUGAUCAAAUACCAUACCCUUUAGAAAAAGGAUAUUUAUUUCAUCCCUAUCCAGCGUGCACAGAGUUAGCUGAUAGAGAAUUAUUACCUAGUAAUUUAUUAAAUUUAUAUUUCUUAGAUCAUAGAUUAUUUAUGUGUAAUUUAAUUGUUUAGGUCAUCAUAAAGUAAGUGUAUUUCCAAAGAAGGAUUUGCCAUUCUUCAUUCACUUCACUGCUGGUCUAAGUUCCUUUUCUGCAUUACUAGCUCUGAUGAUUUAUCUUCAUCCACAGUUGACAGGCAACCUUGUUUAUAUUGUAAGUCAAUAUCAUAAUUAAUUUACAAAGUAAAUUUAAAAAUACUAAAUAUUUUUAAUGUAUAAAUGUAUUUGUAUUGAUUGUUUUAGUUUUGUAUGUGGAUUAUAGUGCCAAUAAAUUACUGUCUAGAUCGGUUGGAGACUUUGCUUCCGAAUAAUAUUUUAGAUAUCAUCUCAAAUAUUUGAUCUUGAUCUGAUUAUAAUUAAUAUUUUUGUAUUAUUACUUUAGAUAUUGUGUUGUAUAUAUAAGGAGAGUUCAUUGAUCUGAUUACAUUUUUGUAUCUUUAUAUAUCAUAAUAUUAUAUUUAUUUUAUUUAAUUCUAGUUUUAAUUAAAUAUUGAAUUUAAACUAGUCAAAUCGAAUCUAAAUUUAAGAUAGUAUGAAUAGGAUAGAUAGAUACCUAUCAGCAUUGAUUAAGCAUCUUUUAGACUUAAAUCAGUGAUGGAAAAUCAUACUAGAUUAAUUUGAGUUCUCAAAUUAAUUUUAAAUUAUGUAUGAUGACUAUGAACCUCACUUAUUUUUAUUAAAAGUGAACUUUCUUUCAGUAUUUUUACUAUUUAAAUUUUAAAUAAUUAACAUUUUUACUGUAUUAUUACUAUUGUUUAUAAUUAAAAGUCAAAUAUAUAAAUUUGAUUUAACUACAAGUAUUUUAUUUAUAUAUUUUUUUUUAAGUAACACAUUGUAACCUUUUAAACUAUUUUAAUAAAAGAUUUUAUAAAUUGUAGAUGUGAUUGUAUGCUAUUCUUGAUGUAAUAUUGUUACAUCAUAUUUAAAAAUCAUUAGUGCUAAAUUAAACAAUAUUAAAACAGAAGUUUUUUUAUUUACUUUAAACUAUUUUAGAUUAAAAUGUGUUUUAUAUAUACCUAAAUCUUGUAAUAAAGAU